AUGUCAACCAAGAGAAAAGUCGCGACCAUCGCGGCUCCAGUCGUCAGGGCCAGCGCAAAGGCACGCUCCAAGGCCAAAAUCGACGAAACCAGAGCCGCCGUGUCCACCGGCUUGUCCAAGCAGCCUGACGAACCCAUCGAGCUCCCAAGUGACGACGAGGAUGUGAAGGAUCAGCAGCAGAUCGAGCAAGUGGCCGAGGAGACAACACAAGGAGAUGUCGACAUGGACAUGGGCAUGGGCGGCGAUGUGGAUGAUGCUGAGCCUGCUGCUCCGGCUGCUUUUGGCGAUAUUGUGCGCGGCAACUCGACGGUCGAUGUAGUAGCCUCUCUUGCUGCUGACACUGCUGGCCCUUCUUCGCGCUCCGAUUUGCACCAGAGGCAAGCCGGCCUCAUCAACGCCGCCUCGCUCGGCACCGUUAUCAACCAAGCCCUCCGAACCAACGAUGCGCAGCUCCUCGAGUUGUGCCUCCAGACUAGCGACCUCAAAAUUGUAGAGAACACAAUCAAUCGCAUGGACUCGGCCCUUGCUCUCGAACUCCUUUCCAGGCUUGCCUCCCGCAUGCACCGUCGCCCCGGCCGUGCCAUGAACCUGAUGAGCUGGAUGAAGUUCACCAUGAUUGCCCACGGUGGCGCCCUUGUCACACAGCCAGAUUUGACUGCCCGGUUAGCCGAGCUCAGUCGUGUUUUGGAGGAGCGCGCGAGGGGUCUGCCAGCGCUCUUGGCGCUUCGAGGCAAGUUGGAGAUGCUGGACGCUCAGCUGAAGUUUAGGAAAUCUGCCAAGCUGGCCGGCGGCAACCGCGAUCGUCUCGAAGGAAAGGAUGAGCUGAGCGAGUCAGAGGACGAGGAUCAAGAUGAGGCCCAAGUGGUCUACGUAGAGGGCCAGGAAAGCACCAAGGCGCUCACAAACGGUGGUCCGAGAGCGGGGCCUGCUGAUGACGAGGACGACUUCCCCAUCAAUCACAGUGCUCUGCCGGAUUCUGAUGAGGACGAUGAUGAGGAAGAGGACGAGGACGAAGACGAGGAGGAUCUGGCGGCCAUCGAGUCUCUUGACGAAGACGAGGUUGACCACGAUGACGUUGAUGAGGAGGAGGAGGAUGACAGCGAGGGUGAGGAUGCUGGGCCGCCAGCCAAAGUCCAGAGAACAUUGAGGAGCAGAAAAUAG